CAUAAACCCACUGCAAGCUGCAUCGGUGAGUGCUGCCAUAUUAUACCUACUCGUAGUCUCGCUAUCGUCGUAAGCUUCGCGCGCGGCCGUCCGUAUGCUGAUGUGAGUGCUCGAUCGCGAUCGACGCUGUUCGCGUGCGGAGUACUAAAAAGAAGGAAAGGAAAACACGCCACUCGCUUAUUAUAUUGUUCAAGAGUUAUUUCAAAAUAAUUCAAACGUUUCGCGACUGUUCACCAGUACGGACGUCCCAUCAGCUGCUAACCUCUGCUUAAUUCCGCCACAGCUAGUGAAAAGGUUUUAUAAUCUCUGCGCGGUAUCGUGUUACACUUCCUUCGAGUGUUCAAAGUGCAACGAAAGUAGGAAGGAAAAUAGUCGCUUGCUUGUCUAGUUAAUCACAAGCUCCUGUUUCGAAGAUAUCCGGUUUAUCGUUUUCAGCUUUUUUAUUCGUCGUUUUUGUGUGCUCGUUGCUUCAGUUUUUCUUGCCCGCUUAAGGUGCCCCCGGAAAUCGGAUAGUGUUGCACAGUCAGUGAACGUUUUGUUUGUGUCACAGUAGCAUUGAAAAACGCAUUUAUCCAAAUGAUGGAGAAGGAACCCGAUUCCAUGGCGGUCACCAUGAAGCAGGAUUAUGCUGCCAGUGAAGUCUACAGCACCACUAGCGAGGCACCACCUGCAUACAAAAUUCGUCAGGCCAAUUCCGUCAAGAUUGCCAGGAUUGUGGCCCUCACGGUGAUCGCAGCGUCCUUCAUUCUGGGCUCGUUCAUGCUCGCCUCCACCUACCUGCAAGCGAAGCAAUCCUGCGACCAGAUGCAAACUCUCGAUGCUGUCCUCAACAAGGAACUGAUGCUGGAGGCUAUGCAACAGGAACUCCCCAAGGCCCAAGCUUUGAUUCAAGAUCACCUGUCCGCUGACGAAGGCAAUCUGCAGACCAUUGACCGGGAAGAGAAACAGGCGUCGAAAAGACCAGAGGAACCGGAGAAGAAGGAAACAUCCGAAAAUGCAGAAUCCGAUGACGAUGACGACUCGGCGGCCGAUGGCGAGAGUGACGAGAGCGCGGACAUGAACAGUAACCGGGUUCACAUCAAGCUUCCACUGGAUCUGAACCUCAGUGAACUCGCCCACGCCAUGCUGAGAGAAAACCAAAAAUCGAAAAUGAACUGCGUCGUGGAGCGUCGCCGCUCGGAAGAGAUGGUCGAUUCGCCCUCCAAGACGAUGCGGCUACCAUUCGGAAUGGAGUUUAACAUGGAACCGAAGAAGCAGAAGGUCACCGGUGAACGUAUUGCCAUCUUCUGCGAAACCGGAAAUGAACCAAAGAACGAAGACGCCGAGCCUGUCCGCCAGGUGCUGAUUCCGAUUCCCCCAGUGCGAGCUUUCGGCCCAAUCACCCACCUCCCGCAGCAGAUGCCACCGCAAACGAUGAUCCGCCAGAUGCCGCGACCGAUCUUCCCGAUUCCGAUCAUGAGCCACCAGGGUCCCCAGAUGCCCCCGAUGCCAGCGCAGAUGAUGCAAGCCCCACACCCAGAAGGCCCCAUGAUGCGACCAAGCUUCCUGGCGCAGCCCCAGCAAAUGAUCCAGCCUCCACAGGGUCCCCAGCAGCAGGUCCAGCAGCCGCAACCGACCUUCCCCCAACAGAUGCAGCCGCCACGCGCCGAAGUUCGCAUCCAAUUCCAGCGUAUCCCCAUCCCGGAAAUGCUCCGACCCUUCCUCCCACCCCAAGUUAUGCGCAACGGACCCGAACAGCCCGAGGUGCAGAUCCGCGAAGUUCCACUUGAAAUGGCUCUCCAGAAAGUUGGUUUAUCCGCUGAUGAACUGAAGGACAUUCACGAAAUCGCCGCCCAAAAAUUCACCGAACAGCUGAAACAACUGAUCGGAGAGAUGGCCGAUUCUGAGGAGAGCGAGGAGGAAACCGACUCUUAUCGUACCACUCCCGCUCAAGAACCAGCUUCCCAACACUCCGAGGAACGGGAACUGCAGGAACAGCAACCACCACGCCCUCAGGAACCAGAAUCUCAACCCCAGAACAACGCCGAGUCGCAGAUCCUUCCCAUGGGACGCUCCCAAUAUGCUCGCUCCCUGGUCAAUCCGAUCAAUCUUCCCGGAAAAGUUGUAGAAUCCAACGUUUCCGAGGAGGAACCAGAACGUCCACACUACGUUCAACCACGGUCGGUCUAAAGGCAAAAAGGCCCGUACAAAACAGAACGCGCUAAUGUUCCCCAAAAAACAUUCCUGCACGUUUGCUCAUGUGAUUGUAAAAAAAUGUGAAGAAGAGAAAUUUAUCACAAACUGUUGAUGAGUAUUAGCCUGCGGUAGCUUUCCGACAGACGAGGAGAAAAUUUUAAGCAUACAUAGAAUCUCAACCAGAACGAACGGCUUUCUCCAGAAGUUAAGAGGCAAAAAAACUGAAGUGUAAAUAAUUCGAAAAAGUCAGAGAAAUAACCACCCUCCAUCUGUAAGCAACAAAAUGCCACUAAAAAAGCAACACACUGGAAACAGGCCUUCACCGGCUGGAAGUCUUUUUUAUAUAGUAUUCUUUGAAAAUUUUCCUAAGUAGCAUUAGUAGAGUAUAGUAAAGCAAAAGAGAAUAUAUUGUUUGUAAAGAUUUUUUAACGAACUUGACCGUAACAUAAAAUUUGGAUUAGUAUUAAUCCAGCUAAAUUUUACCAUUUGAAGGAAACAAAGAAAAAAAACAACAAUAAAAACGUUCAACAUCAA